GCUGCGCCCUACUUUGUGGCCGAGCUCGCCGCAGGCCCCAGCGCGCUGCCCGGGCCGUGCCGGCGAGGUUGGCUGCGGGGCGCCGCCACCUCCCACCGCCUGCAGCAGCGACGAUGGCCUCCAACCAGGACGCGCGCCCGCGAAGACGACCCGCACCGGCUCCUGCAGCAGCUGGUGCUUUCGGGGAACCUCAUCAAGGAGGCCGUGCGAAGGCUUCAGCGAGCCGUCGCCGCCGUUGCAGCCACGAGCCCAGUGGGCGCCGCUGGGCCGGGAGGCGCCCACGGCGGACCGGACCCUGUCGCUCUGCAGCCCUCUGGCGCUUUGCACUGACCCGGCGCCCCUGGAGGAGAAAGAGGACGCCGCUUCGCAGACCCAACCGCGUCCCGCCCUCACCAGCCGUGAGCUGAAGCCGCCGUCGCGGUCCAGGGAGCGACCGCCCAGGCUGCGGAGAGACGCGUGGAGAGAGACCUCAAGGCGAGAAAGAAGUUACCGGACUCUGCGAGGCUGUCGGAGAACAAGAGCGUGCAGAAAUGCAGAGGUGCCGCGUGAGAGUUCCCUCGGCCACCUCGGGGCCAAGGACCUGCGAUAAACUGGAGAUAUGGCAGCUACUUGCAUCGACUUGUAUCUGACUUAACCCUUGGGGGCAUCGUGUGCCUCGAUUGUUUAAAGAUAGGGUUCCAAGGGGCAGAUAUCGCCUGGGCUUUAUUAACAGUACUUGAAAACUAAUGACACGCAAACAUUUUAUUUUCUGGUGGAAGAGCUUAGUGGAAAUGGUGCUACAAUUGCUGUGCAAAGAAAUUCCAGAGAGAAGAAUGUAAAAGCUUGGUGGUGGGUGGGUUGCCAUUAUCCCCUUUUUCCUGCCCAAUUGGUGUUUGGUGGAGGCGGGAGGUGUGAACUCCGGUUAGGGGGUUAGAGGGAGAUGGAAAAUUUUCAAAGUGGGUAGAGUUGGAGUUGAAUGUGGACUUUUAACUGACUCAACCUUGCCACCUGUGGUUCAAGGUCACAGUUUACUCUUUGGCAGAAGGCUGUGGGGUUCCUGGGAGAGCUAAAUUCAUCCCUAGGUCUUUACUUUCUCUUGUUCCAAGAAGAGCCCUGUCUGUGCUUUGCUACCUUUUGGAGUCUCCCGAGGUCAAACAGAAACAGAGGGAUAUGUGGGGAGAGAUUUGUUUUUCUGUGCUUUCCUCUUUCCAGAACUCCUCCUCCUCCUCUUUCCCUGAGGCCACUCUUGGCCUAGCCAGGAGCUUUCUCAGAAAGGCAAAAACUGUCCCCUGUGCUCCCAGCCAGACUUUCUUAUUUCACCCUUUCUGGUGUCUGCAUGGGAUAGGGGAGACCUUGGACGAUUUUCUGCUGUGUUCUGGCCGCCGCAGGGCUGUGGCCUGAGCCUUCCUGGGUCCUCAUCCUUCAGUCGUCUCCUGUCACCAGCUCUUCUUGUGAGUGACUGAAACCGUGUUUAAAAUGUGACUCUCCGAGAGGAGAACCCUGCUGGCUUUCCCCUUGUGAAACUUGAGGCACUUCAAGGAAAGUGCCACCCCCCCCAACUUUAAGGUAGCUAAACAAGUUUUCAAAACCGUUUCAAUGGCUUGUUCAUCCUCCAGAUGUAGCUAUUGACGUACACUUCGCACCGGAGUGUCUGAAAUUGUGAUGGUCCUGAUUUAUAGGAUUUCUUAAUUAAAAUGUCUGCUGAAUAAAUUUGGGUUUUGUUUUGGA